GCUUCUGUCCGUUGCCGUGUUGGCGGCCAAGAUGUCCUCCCACAUCUUGCUCUCGGAGCACAUCUUGCAGCAGGCUGCAGCAGAGGAUUGGGAAGAGAUGCCUGGAAUGCAGAGCAUAAUUCGAAGGGCAGAGGCUCUUGGGCCUCAGGAGAUUUCACACGACGCCCAGCACGGGCAACUUCCGUGGAUUCGGGCAGAUUGCGUCAUCGACGUAGCCCAAGCAACGGCUUACCUUGGCCAGGCCAUUGUUUUCUUGUACAAGGCCAUCGACUACAAGGGCCUGCAGUGUCCAGACAACUCCCCGUCGGGCUGUGCGGCAAGUGUGGCAGGUGUGCUUACAUCUCUGAGCUGGAUCGCCUCGUAUGUGGCCUUGGCGGCUAGCUCCUGCAAGCAGGCAGCGAGCAACUUUGGGGCAUUGUGCACAUCCGACUUCUUCUCCCUGCAGGCUGACUUCGGCGAGCUAGCAACCUCUGGUGCCGCAGUAGGGCACGACUGCAACGUCAGCCACGGCCCCAUCACUUUGCUAAUGACGGGAGUUGCUGCCAGCAAGAAAGUGCACACCGGGGCUAGCUUCAUACAGGGCGGCGCUGGGCCCAUACUGCAGAAGGCUCUCAAGAUCAAGGGGCACAUGCAGGCCAAACGCCAGCAUAGCUUUGACAUGAUGCAGUGCGUCAUGGAUGUGACGAACUCGGCUACGUACCUUGUUCGGGCUAUUUUGCAGAUCCGCACCGCCGCCCUUUCUUGCUCCAACCCCAAGGCCUGCGUUAUUGGCAUCACUGGCAUUAUCUCCUCCUAUGUCUGGGUCGCCCAGUUCACUGCGCUGGCAGUUUCCGACUGCCAGGUUGCUUCAGAUCAGAAGGCAGAUUGCGCUGCGGACAUCACCGACAUGGUGGCAGCAUUGACCAACGUUGCAGCGUCAGGUCUGGGUGCUGUGUCUGAUUGUGCCAAGAAGCAGCACCACCCAAAGGGAUCCUAG